GCCAGUCAAUGGCACGGCCCACGAAGGAAUUCAACGCUACCGCCACCGGGAAGCAAAUUGGUCUGAGAAGCUGGACAUUUGCGCGUGUAUGGACUGGGCAGUGAUCAUUUUCUGUGGAUUCUCGUCCAAGUUCCCACGCCCAGAGCCCACGGUUGAGUCCAGAAAGGUUGUUCGUGAUCGGAGAUCGGGGUCGAAGACAAUUUGUUGCCCAUAGGCGUUUAGGGCGGAGGAAGCGGGAAGCAGGAAAUUGGAAUCGGCUGUCGUGAAUCGCCGCGUUCAGUCGGGCGAGGAAGAAUCCAAGCUCUGACGCGGUGAGGGCGGCGGUGGUGAAGCGGGAAGGCGAAGAAAUUUUGCCACAAUGCAGGCCCCCGUGUUGCCGAAACCGCGGUUGGAUUUUCUGAACACGAGGCCACCUCCAAAUUAUGUCGCCGGUCUGGGACGAGGAGCCACCGGGUUCACGACUCGUUCUGAUAUCGGACCUGCCAGAGCUGCCCCAGAUUUGCCGGACCGAGCAGCGACUACCAUCGGAGGAGCUGGAGCACCUCCGGUUGGUGCAGGGCGCGGGAGAGGGAAGGGUGGAGUGGAGGAGGAGGAGGAGGAAGCAGAGGAGAAGGGAUACGAUGAGAACCAGAAAUUCGACGAGUUUGAAGGGAAUGAUGUGGGGCUGUUCGCCACCGGGGAGUACGAUGAGGAUGAUAAGGAAGCUGACGCGGUUUGGGAGAGUAUCGACAAGCGUAUGGACUCUCGGAGAAAAGAUAGACGCGAAGCUCGUUUGAAGAAGGAGAUAGAAAAAUACAGGGCUUCGAAUCCGAAAAUUACUGAGCAGUUUGCGGAUUUGAAGAGAAAGCUGGUAACCCUGUCCACCCAAGAGUGGGAAAGUAUCCCUGAAAUUGGUGAUUAUUCCAUGCGUAAUAAGAAAAAGAGGUUUGAGAGUUUCAUCCCUGUUCCUGACACCUUGUUGGAGAGAGCCAAGCAAGAGCAGGAGCAUGUCACUGCUCUGGACCCUAGAAGCAGAGCAGCGAAUGGGGCAGAGACUCCUUAUGGGCAAACUCCUGUUACUGAUCUUACCGCCGUUGGAGAGGGCAGGGGCACUGUGUUGUCUUUGAAACUUGACCGGUUGUCGGAUUCUGUGAGUGGACUGACUGUCGUCGAUCCCAAAGGUUAUCUCACUGAUUUGAAGAGCAUGAAAAUUACGAGUGAUGCAGAGAUUUCUGACAUCAAGAAAGCUCGAUUGCUUCUGAAAUCUGUAAUUCAGACUAACCCUAAACACGCUCCUGGAUGGAUUGCUGCGGCAAGGUUGGAAGAGGUUGCUGGGAAAAUCGGGGCUGCUCGAGAUUUUAUUCAGAGGGGUUGCGAGGAGUGUCCUAAGAAUGAGGACGUUUGGCUGGAAAGUUGUAGGCUAGCUACUCCCGACAAUGCAAAGGCCGUUUUGGGAAGAGGUGUGAAUGCAAUACCCAAUUCUGUCAAGCUCUGGAUGCAGGCUGCCAGAUUAGAACAUGAUGAUAUUGCGAAGAGUAGGGUUUUGAGAAAGGCCUUGGAACAUAUUCCCGACUCAGUUAGGUUGUGGAAAGCUGUGGUUGAGCUGGCCGAUGAGGAAAAUGCUAGAGUACUUUUGAACCGUGCUGUUGAAUGCUGCCCACUUCAUGUGGAGCUGUGGCUUGCUCUCGCUCGUUUGGAAACCUAUGAAAACGCUAAGAGAGUAUUAAAUAAAGCUCGUGAAACUAUUCCAACUGAACCUACGAUUUGGAUAACUGCUGCCAAACUCGAGGAAGCAAAUGGAAAUGCUUCUAUGGUUAUGAAGAUUGUAGAUAGGGCAAUACGAUCUCUGCAGGGCCAAGGUGUCGUUAUUGACAGGGAUGCAUGGAUGAAGGAGGCCGAAGCAGCAGAAAGAGCAGGAUCUGUGGCAACAUGUCGAGCAAUUAUCCGGUCCACCGUAGGUAUUGGAGUUGAAGAGGAAGACAGGAAGAGGACCUGGGUGGCAGAUGCUGAUGAAUGCAAGAAAAGAGGCUCAAUUGAAACGGCCAGAGCCGUGUACGCCCAUGCAUUGAGCGUGUUCCCAGGCAAGAAAAGCGUGUGGCUUAAAGCAGCACAGCUGGAGAAGAGUCAUGGAACGAGGGAGUCCCUGGAUCUUCUAUUGAAGAAAGCGGUGGGCUACUGUCCACAGGCAGAAGUCUUGUGGCUUAUGGGUGCCAAGGAAAAGUGGCUAGCCGGAGAUGUCCCAUCUGCUCGGGCUAUUUUAGAAGAGGCGAAUAUGGCUAUCCCUAAUUCUGAGGAGAUUUGGUUAGCUGCCUUCAAGCUAGAGUUCGAAAAUCACGAGCCAGAAAGGGCAAGAAUGCUGCUUGGGAAGGCCCGUGAGAGGGGUGGAACUGAAAGGGUAUGGAUGAAGUCAGCUAUUGUGGAGCGAGAGUUGGGCAAUGUGAAAGAGGAGAAGGAGCUGCUGGAAGAAGCCCUGCAAAGAUUUCCUGGUUUUCACAAACUAUGGUUGAUGCUUGGGCAGCUGGAAGAUCGUCUGGGAAAUUUAGAGACGGCAAGAGAUGUUUACGACAGGGCUCUUAGACACUGUCCUAACAGCACACCUCUUUGGUUGUGUGCUUCCCACUUAGAGGAGAAAAUUGGAGGUCUGAGUAAAGCAAGAGCUGUUCUGACCAAGGGACGACUGAAAAACCAACAUAACCCUGAGUUGUGGUUAGCAGCCAUUAGAGCAGAAGCACGAGCCGGAAACAAGAAGGAAGCAGAAGUAUUGAUGGCGAAGGCUCUUCAAGAAUGCCCUUCCAGUGGUUUGUUGUGGGCUGAAUCUAUCGAGAUGGCACCCAGGCAACAGAGGAAAACCAAGAGUGUAGAUGCAUUGAAAAGAUGUGAUCACGAUCCAUUUGUCAUUGCUGCAGUGGCCAAGCUCUUUUGGCAUGAUCGGAAGGUCGACAAAGCAAGAAACUGGCUGAAUCGUGCCGUCACACUAGCACCUGAUGUAGGUGACUUUUGGGCACAGUUAUAUAAAUUUGAAUUACAGCACGGAGUUGAAGAACUACAGCAUGAAGUCCUGAAACGUUGCUCGGCAGCUGAGCCAAGGCACGGAGAACGGUGGACUCGUGUGUCCAAAGCGGUGGAAAACGCUCAUCAGCCAGUGGAGGCUAUCCUGAAGAAGGUUGUCGCAGCUCUGGGCAAAGAAGAGGGUAUUGUCGGCGCAUGAGAAGUCAUCUUUUCGUUCAGUACUCUGAGCCUGAUCGGCUUCGAAUAUGUACUCCGGUUCUAAUAGAGCUGUCGAGCUGGGGUCAUACUUGCAAUUGUGGAAUGCUGGUGCUUCGAUUUUUUUCUUCUCCAUGGCGGAUGCUGAGCUACGAAGCUGUCGCCGAGUAUUCUCACACCCUGAAAGCACAUGAAAAGGAUUCAGUAAAGCAAGAUUGUUUCACAGCGAUGAAGCGUUUGUGGAUGGGGAGUCUGCUGGUUUGGGUUAUCAGCAUUCCUUCUGGGAGAAAAAUCCAACUGCAAGUAUGUACAAGCAUCCGUUUGGUGGGAAUAUCUCAAAUCAUACUUAAUUUAAUCCCCGGGUCCGUUGUAUUUAGUCCACCAUGAAAUUGUCGAACUUUGUGGCACUUUGUCGGGAUUCAAGACAAACAUUUAGAUGUUAGAGUCUGCAAUGGUUCUAUUGUAGUGAUAUCGAACUCGUAUCUCGGUCAAACUUCGACCUGUGCUGCCUGUUCUCGGGUGUCGUAUUGUUUGUACAAACAUUGUAUGGACGGGGAUACUGCGAGCACAGGACUGGGCAUAGUCAGGCGUUACUGUUUUUCAGAAUUUUCUCCUCACAUGCGAGUACUGAGCAUAAAUUUACAAUGCUCUCUCAGAUAAGUAAAGUGUUCAAGAAGUGCACGGAUCAGUCAUUGUCUAUGUUUUGGUGGGACUUUCGUAUUUCAUCGUGGCAGAUGUAUCGCCCUUCUAC